GUUCUGCUCUUUGCCUCCAAGUCCUCCCCCCCACCGCCAACUACCAGCACGGUGGCUCCCCCCAUUUAACAGCAUCAAACACCCUUCAUCUCUUGUCUACAAGGCGCUUGUUGCGAGUGGAAGAGGUUGGAGUUGAUGGCCCAGGACGCGCUGAGUAGGGGACUUUCCCCCCGGGUUGGUGCCAGGUGAUGGUGGGUAGAAAAGAGCGGCUGCUGUUGGGCUGAGGGCUGCUGAAAGCAAACAGUGCAAAUCUCACCCUGGAGUCCUGGAUCUGCCGGAUACGCCAGGCCCAGCUGGUCUCCUGGCCCUCUUCACCAAUGUUCUUCUGGUCUGUGUGGCUAGCGUGGGAGCGGUGACUUCUUGCACAGGUAAUGAGAAGUUUUAAGUCAUGGCUGGGAAACCAAAGCUUUACUACUUUGACGGAAGAGGCAAGAUGGAGUCAAUUCGCUGGUUGUUAGCUGCAGCUGGGGUCGAGUUUGAAGAAGAGUUUUUAGAAACCCGAGAGCAGUAUGAGAAGCUCCUGCAAGGUGGAUCCCUGCUGUUCCAGCAAGUGCCCAUGGUGGAGAUGGAUGGGAUGAAGAUGGUGCAGACCAGAGCCAUCCUCAGCUACAUAGCAGCGAAGUACAACCUCUAUGGGAAGGACCUGAAGGAGAGAGCCCUGAUUGAUAUGUAUGUUGGAGGAACUGAUGACCUCAUGGGCUUCAUUUUGAUGUUCCCGUUCUUAUCAGCUGAGGAUAAAGAGAAACAACGUGCUGUUAUAGUUCAAAAGGCAACAAGCAGGUAUUUCCCAGCAUAUGAAAAGGUUUUGAAAGACCAUGGGCAGGAUUUUCUUGUUGGCAACAAUUUUAGCUGGGCAGAUGUUCAUCUUCUUGAAGCAAUUUUAAUGGUAGAAGAGAAGAAGUCAGACGUGCUCUCAGGCUUUCCUCAGUUACAGGCAUUUAAAGCAAGGGUAAGCAGUAUUCCCACAAUCAAGAAAUUUCUAGAACCGGGAAGCCAGAGAAAACCUGUUCCUGAUGAUAACUAUGUGGAGACUGUGAGGAGAGUUCUCUGCAUGUAUUAUGACAUAAAAGCAAAUUAGUGUGCCUGGCUAAAACAACAGCUGUGCUUGGUUUGCGAGAGUAUCAGAUUGCACAUGUGCAGUUAUACUGCAGAGGGAAGGUGAAGAGGUGUUUGAAAUGAGUUUCACUGGGUACUAUCUCAUGUUCUCUCAUACAAAACACAGUAGGCUGGUAUCUUUUAUAACAUUUUACUACUAGCCUAUUUUUUUUUUCUACAUUCUUCUUGAGAUUUUUCUGGUAAUUUUAUCAAGUGAAAUGGCAGCAAGCAUGCUGUCUGCCUGGAGACUUUUUGUAAGAAAGAAAUGUGAGUUGCUGACUGACAGCUUCAGCAUGUUCUGCUUCUUCUAAGGACUUUCUUCUGAGAUCCAGAUCAGAUUUUUGAGUGAUGAUGGCUUCCAAUUCAGGCCUUUAUUGUUUUUAAUAUCACUGUAGGCAGAUGAAACACGUGUUUUUUGAAGAAAGUAGGAGGGAGGUGUUUCUGUUGCCACUUCUAUUGGACAUAAGCGACUUGUCUGAAAUGUCAACAUUGUGACUUAUACCUAAGCUGCACUUCUAUUACUGAAUUAGGAAACAAUUUGACUGCCAAAUCGCAUUUUUGGUGUAACUGCUGUAUCUAGAAGAUCUGUUCUAAUCAAAUAAACUUUUUAUUUCUA